AUGAGUAUAGGAAAACCUGUAUUCAGCGGUCAGGAUGCUAAGUGUAAAAAUGUCAACGCUGAUUAUGCAACUUGCGAAGGAGAAAGCGCAGCAAAACAGCGAAGGAUUGAUAAUGACGAUGCCUCUGAUGUCUUUGAAAGAGUUGAAACCACGGAAAUGAAACGAGCCCCAACACACGCAUGCAGCAAAUGCGGCAAAUGUUUCAGUCGGAAUAACGAACGCUCUCGUCAUGAAAAGAAAUGUGACGGUCCAAAACAGAAGAAAACCGACGUAACUGUCUGCCAAAUUUGCAGGAAGUCGUUCAGUGACUACAGAAACAGGCUUAGACAUGAAAAAACAUUUGAUUCUGAGAGAGAGAGAGUUCAUGAAGGGACUGUGAGAAACACUUACAAUUUUCCCGUUCCCAGUCUGUUAAAUGUCAACCAGUUGAUUGAACAAAUAGAAUUUAUUUUUGAACAUAGCGCACAUUCUUUCAAAGUAAAUUUAUCCUUCGGUUUGAUUUUACAAAACGUUGAAACUGGAAUAUACAGAUAUUUUGUACCUUACUAUACGGAUGGUUUGUUUUUGUUUCCCCAGCUUAUCAGUAACAGAAAUGAUAUUGAAAAACUACGCAAACGUUUGUCCGAACUAGAUAUAUCAAAUUAUUUUCAAAAACAAAGGCCCAAUUCUAAAUGGAAACCAGUUUUUGUAACUAACGUACUAUAUCAUGUGCACAAAACAAGUUUCCCUUUAGGUAUGAGCCAACCUUUGCCGGACUACAUUGUGAAAUCUAAAAGUAUAAUUUCAUUUGUGAAAAAUCCUAAUACAAAACAAUUGUACGACGACAAUUUUUGCUUUUUUCGAUGCCUGGCGUAUCACAGAACAAAACGUAUUCACUGUGAAACAUUUGCAAACCAUCUUUAUAGUUUAUUGCUAAAGUAUGUUGCUGAAAAUCAGUUUAAAUCGUCUGAUGUUACACUAUGCAAAAUGCCAGACUUAGAACUUUGCUUCGAAACAAAUAUUAAUGUGUUUGAACUGACGAAAGACAAAACAGUCACCAGUUUAUAUAAAUCUAGAGGAUAUUUCCGUUCGAAAACCAUGACGUUGAAUCUGUUUGAAGACCAUUUGAGCUAUGUAUCUAAAUUUAAGUCAUAUGCCUCUAAAUUUCAAUGCCGACUUUGCGAGAAGUUGUUCGAUCGUCAAGAUAAUUUAUUCCGCCAUGAAAAGACUUGCGAAAACGCCACUAAAUUGCGAUUUCCAGGGGGCUAUUUCGAACAACCAAAAUCAAUUUUCGAUAAAUUAAAAGCUAUAGGCAUUAAUGUACAGUCGUCUCUGCAAAAUUACCCUUGGUUUGUAACUUUCGACAUGGAAGCAAUGUUGCAACACACUGAAACUAGGCAAACCAGCGAGCAUCUACAAAAGACAACUUUACAUCACCCAGUAUCGGUAAGUAUUUGUAGUAAUAUCGAAAAUUAUACAGAUCCAAAAUUUAUUUUAGAUCCGUGCUUAGAUUCGCUUUUGUCUCAGAUGAUCUCUUACAUGAAUGAAAUUUCAGACAAAAGUUAUACAUUGGCCCGUGAAAGAUGGGCGGACGUGUUUGCUGAAUUGGAACGAUUAGAAAAUCAAUGGGUCAAAACAGACACGAGUACUGCUGCUACUAAUCACGGUGGUGGUGGUGGUGGUGACAAUACUGCUGCUGUUGCUGAGGAUGAUGAUGAUGAAAAUGAAGAGGGUUUUGAUGAUGAUGUCAUUGAUGAUGAUGACGGUGGUGAAGCGAAGGAAUGUAACGAAUAUGAACCGCCAUCGAAAGAGUUUCUAUAUGCCAUGAGCAAGGAGAAUGUGUUCUUUAAAUGUUUGCAAAAUCUAGAGUCAACUGGUUCAUUCAAAGUGCAGUAUAAUGACUGGGAAAGCGAAAGCAAUAUGAAAGGUAGUGACAGUUCCGGAAGCGAUGAUGAUGAUGAUGAUGAUAUUCAGCCGUUUCGCCCGCUGAAUGCGAAAAAUACUUCCAGAAUAGUUAGUGAUGAUGAUGGUGAUGAUGAUGAUGGUGAUGAUGAUGAUGAUGAUGAUGAUAUUCAGCCGUUUCGCCCGCUGAAUGCGAAAAAUACUUCCAGAAUAGUUAGUGAUGAUGAUGGUGAUGAUGAUGAUGGUGAUGAUGAUGAUGAUGAUGAUGAUUACAGGACAUUUCCGGAAACAUCUAAAUUAAUGGUGAAUUUAAUUAAGCGUACCCGGGAACAGUUUGAAACAUACUGUCAUCAAGUACCGGUUAUAGGUUUUAACUCCGCAAAAUACGAUUUAAAUCUCAUAAAGUCCAAGCUAGCGAAAUGCCUCAAACUUCAAGAACCCAAACAACAGAAAUUUGUGGUUAAAAGAAAUCACGCAUAUAUGUGCUUGUCAAACCCAAAUCUGCGUUUUCUGGACAUGGUAAAUUACCUUCCACCUGGCACUUCAUAUGACAAGUUUCUCUCUACGUUUGGCGUUAGUCAGAGGAAGUCAUACUUCCCUUAUGAGUAUUUCACAGAUAUGGCAGUGCUGGAUGAAACGUCACUCCCUCCUAAGGAAGCUUUUUAUUCUUCCUUAAACACUCUGGCACUUUUAAACUUACACAUUCCACCGAAGUCGAGAGUAGAGGAAAAUUAUCAACAUCUGUUGGAAAUAUGGAAGCAAAAUAAUAUGAUUACGUUUCGGGAUUUUCUGGAACACUAUAACAAUUUAGACACUUCACCAAUGGUGGAAGGAAUUGAAAAAUUCAGGUCAUAUUUUGUAGAAAGGAACAUCGAUGUAUUCAAAGAUUGCAUUUCCGUUCCUGGUGCGGCCAGAAAAAUGCUGUAUAAAGCCGGAUUUGAUCAGGGAGCCUCAUUCGCUUUAAUAAACAGACAAGAUGAAGAUCUCUAUCAUGUCUUAAAGUCGAAUAUUGUUGGUGGACCUUCCAUUAUAUUUACCCGUUGUCUAGAGGCUGGUCAGACUAAUAUUAGAGGCAAUGAGCUUUAUCCCUGCAAGACAGUGAUCGGUUAUGAUGCCAAUAGCUUAUAUGUCCACGCGUUAGGCCAAGCGAUGCCUUGUGGUAAUUACAUUAGGCGUAAAAAAGAGAAUGGAUUUAAACCUUUGAAAACAUCACACAGAUAUACGAUCAUGUAUGACUGGAUGGAAUGGUUAAAUUAUUCACAGAACGUUCAAAUUGAACACAAAAUGAACUCAGGUAGCGAGAAAAGGAUAGGUCCCUACCUUGCGGACGGCUACGACCCAAUCACGGGCGUCAUCUAUGAAUUCCUCGGUUGUUAUUUUCAUGGUCAUUCUUGUGUAACACCCGAACACCUCGAACAACAUAAACAAAGGUUUAACAGAACACAGGAAAGAUUGGCUUACCUGCGCAGUCUCGAUUACCAAAUAGUUAUAAUUUGGGAAUGCGAAUUUACAGGACAGGUUAAAGAAAAUGACACCAUGAAACAGUUUAUCGACCAACGAUAUCCCAUUUUUUACAGGGAAAAUUCAGGCUACGUGAAUGAAUCUCAAAUUCUCGACGCCAUAGUGAACGAAAAGUUGUUUGGAUUUAUUGAGGUGGACAUUCAGGUGCCAGACACUUGGGAUCAAGUGAAGUUUAAGCCCGAAACCGAUUAAGAACCAGCUUUAUAUUUCGAAGAAAUGUGUCCAUUGUUCUGUACCACGGAAGU